CCGAGGCGGCUUGUUUCCACCAGAUUUAACCCGCCCGCCGCGAUAGCCAUGGAACUUGGGGCGGCACAGAGAAAGAGGGAACCGCGCGGCACGGCAUCCUUUUUGGAUGCUUUCUAUCUGCACAGACCACUUCUUCCCUCUUUCUUGGGUGGCCGUUCCUGCAGCCGCGCCCCCAGUGUGCCAGCCCAAGGGCGCCACUAACGGGCCUUACCCGGCCCCACGCCUGUCCAUCUCCUCCCGCGCCACGGUUGUAGCCAGGAUGGAAGGCGCCUCCCCAGGGGGCCUGCAGACCGUCAUGAAGUGGAAAACCGUGGUCGCCAUCUUUGUGGUUGUGGUGGUCUACCUUGUCACGGGCGGUCUCGUCUUCCGGGCAUUGGAGCAGCCUUUUGAGAGCAGCCAGAAGAAUACCAUCGCCUUGGAGAAGGCAGAAUUCCUGAGGGAUCAUGUCUGUGUGAGCCCACAGGAGCUGGAGACACUGAUCCAGCAUGCCCUGGAUGCUGACAACGCAGGGGUGAGUCCUAUCGGAAACUCGUCCAACAACAGCAGUCACUGGGACCUCGGAAGUGCCUUUUUCUUUGCUGGAACUGUCAUCACCACCAUAGGGUAUGGGAAUAUUGCUCCGAGCACUGAAGGAGGCAAAAUCUUUUGUAUUUUAUAUGCCAUCUUUGGAAUUCCACUCUUUGGUUUCUUAUUGGCUGGAAUUGGAGACCAACUUGGAACCAUCUUUGGGAAAAGCAUUGCGAGAGUGGAGAAGGUCUUUCGAAAAAAGCAAGUGAGUCAGACCAAGAUCCGGGUCAUCUCAACCAUCCUGUUCAUCUUGGCCGGCUGCAUUGUGUUUGUGACAAUCCCCGCUGUCAUUUUCAAAUACAUCGAGGGGUGGACCGCCUUGGAGUCCAUUUACUUUGUGGUGGUCACUCUCACCACGGUGGGCUUUGGUGAUUUUGUGGCAGGGGGAAAUGCUGGCAUCAAUUACCGGGAGUGGUAUAAGCCCCUAGUGUGGUUUUGGAUCCUUGUUGGCCUUGCCUACUUUGCAGCUGUCCUCAGUAUGAUCGGAGACUGGCUACGGGUUCUGUCCAAAAAGACAAAAGAAGAGGUGGGUGAAAUCAAGGCCCACGCCGCUGAGUGGAAGGCCAACGUGACGGCCGAGUUCCGGGAGACGCGGCGCCGGCUCAGCGUGGAGAUCCACGACAAGCUGCAGCGGGCGGCCACCAUCCGCAGCAUGGAGCGCCGGCGCCUGGGCCUGGACCAGAGGGCCCACUCGCUCGACAUGCUCUCCCCCGAGAAGCGCUCUGUCUUCGCCGCACUGGACACUGGCCGUUUCAAGGCCUCGUCCCAGGAGAGCAUCAACAACCGGCCCAACAACCUGCGCCUGAAAGGGACGGAGCAGCUGAACAAACAUGGGCAGGGGGCCUCUGAGGACAACAUCAUCAACAAGUUCGGGUCCACCUCCAAACUCACCAAGAGGAAAAACAAGGACCUCAAGAAGACCUUGCCCGAGGAUGUUCAGAAAAUCUACAAGACCUUCCGGAAUUACUCUCUGGAUGAAGAGAAGAAAGAGGAGGAGACAGAAAAGAUAUGUAACUCGGACCACUCCAGCACUGCCAUAUUGACCGACUGCAUCCAGCAGCCGGCGGGGCUGGAGAACGGAAUGGUCCCCACGGACACCAAAGACAGGGAACACGAGGACAACACAUUAUUUGAAGACAGAAAUUAAAUGCCCAGACUCUGGACUUGAUGAAGCGUUGUGUUUUUUAAUAUUCACCCUGAGACACGUGCCUUAAACAGACCUCUCCUUAGUCCAAAAUUACAUAGCAUUGAAGAAUAUAUUUCACUGUGCCAUAGAAGACUGAGAAAGCUUGCUCUGCCAAAAGGAAUCAAAGAACAAGGACUUCGCUUCCCAUAGCGACCGCAGGACACCCAGGGAG